AAGACUGGUGAACAAAUUGACCCGCGAUUGUUGUCAUCUUGUCUUAGAACUUCGUUUUCUCCGUCUUUUUUGGGGAUUUUAAAUCCAAUGGCAUUCAUCUCCCCAAACCUUUCUUCCCUCUUCCAUUUCAGACGGUGGGUUGAAUCAUAGCUUAGAUCCUUCCCUGCAAUGGCGAAGCCGGUCCUUAAUUCCUCCGCGGCCUUUCAGAAGGCAUCUGAUUCUGCAGCACAGAUCUCGGGUGCGCAGUUUAGAUCCAUGGAAUUGGAGCAGACCCGUUUCAGAUUAUCAACUUUUUCCAAGAGUAAUGCAGCUUUAAGAUUGAAAGCCUCAAGGGAGCAUACGAGCUUGGUGCAUGAAAUUGUGGAUUGCAAGCAGAAAAAUGGUGUUUUGACUAAAACCGGAUCUGAUCUGUUCUCUGAGAUGAAGCAUCGUUUUUUAAGCUUCAAAAAAGAUAAAUACAUGGCUGACUUGGAACAUUUCAAGGCCCUUGCCAAAGCUCAGGCACCAAAGUUUAUGGUGAUUGCUUGUGCUGACUCUCGGGUUUGCCCCUCAAGUGUCCUAGGGUUUGAACCGGGAGAGGCUUUUGUGAUACGCAAUGUGGCAAAUUUGGUUCCACAUUAUGAGAAUGGCCCCACAGAAGUUAAUGCUGCUCUUGAAUUUGCUGUUAACUCUCUCAAUGUAGAAAAUAUAUUAGUUGUUGGCCACAGCUGUUGCGGAGGCAUCCAAGCCUUAAUGAGUAUGGAGGAAGAUGGGAUGAGUUCUAGUGGCUUUCUUCAUAGUUGGGUUGCGGUUGGGAAGACUGCAAGGUUAAAAACCAAGGCUGUUGCCUCCAAACUCACAUUUGAUCUACAGUGCAGGCAUUGUGAGAAGGAAUCGAUCAACCGCUCGCUGUUGAAUUUGCUCACAUACCCUUGGAUAAAGAACAAGGUGGUUCAAAAGCAGCUAGUCAUUCAUGGUGGCUACUAUGACUUUGUCAAUUGUACAUUUGAGAAAUGGUCUUUGGACCAUGAUGAUGAGGAUACAUCUAGCUUGGGUACCCAAUAUUCUAUUAAAAAUCGAGAAUUUUGGAGCUGAUUUUUCUUUUUGUCCUAAAUUUUCUGGUUUUUUGUGUGUUUUUUUUGGGGGUGGGGUGUAUGUGAUGUAUAAUGUGAAAUGUAACAUGGGUUAUACAAAUUUGAAUAUGUUGUAAAAGUUUGAGCUGUGUUUGUUCAUGUACUAGAGCUGAAAUUUGGUCUGUAUUAAAAACAUUGAAUUUUAUGAUACUAGUUGGUGUCCAUGUAUCACUUGGGAUAAGUUUGAAAUUAAUUUGAUUGUGGAUAUACAUUCUAAUAAAAGCCCUCUAUUCUU